UGACUCACAUCCUCCACCCUCGAUCUUAUUUACAACCACGACGCUCCUUUUCUCCGCUUCACCUCACCCCCAUUGGCCGGUCAUCGCAAUCCCUGCGUCGCCAUGGCGAACGAGGACGAGAUCCCCGCAAUUUCUAACGAACCGCCCCUCGACACCGAUCUGUAUGACAUUCUCGGCGUCAGCGAGGAUGCAACCCCGGACCAGAUCAAGACCGCUUACCGCAAGUUGGCAUUGAAGCAUCAUCCCGACAAGGCGCCCGCGAAACUUAAGGACGAAGCGAACCGCACGUUCCAGCAGAUCGCGUUCGCGUACGCCAUCCUCUCCGAUGAGCGCCGCCGACGUCGCUUCGACCUGACCGGGAGCACGGCGGAGGCGGUCGAGGCGGACGACGACUUUGACUGGAUGGACUUCUACCGCGAGCAGUUCUCCAGUGCGAUCGACACGAACGCGCUCGAUAAAUUGAAGCAGGAAUACCAAGGCUCCGAGGACGAAGUGAAGGAUAUUCUGGCGGCGUACGAGAAUUUCCGGGGCGAUAUGGACAAGAUCUACGACUCUGUGAUGCUGAGUAACGUGAUCGAUGACGAUGCGCGGUUCCGCGCGAUCAUCGACACGGCCAUUGCCGAGGACCGCAUCAAGGAGUACAAGAAGUAUGUGGAGGAGCCGGAGAAGAAGCGCCAGCUGCGACUGAAGCGCGCGCAGAGGGAGGCGGAGGAGGCGGAGGAGCUGGGGAAGGAGAUCGAGGAGAAGAAGGCUGCCGGCAAGGGGAAGGGGAACAAGGGGGGAAACGGCAAGAAGAAGGGCGCCGGGGACCUCAAUGAUCUGGCCGCGCUGAUCCAGCAGCGCCAGACCUCCCGCGCCGCGUCCUUCUUUGACCGGCUGGAGGAGAAGUACAAUGUGGAUGCGGGCCAGGACAAAGCGACGGGCAAGGGAAAGAAGCGGGCGGCCAAGUUCGAGGAACCCCCCGAGGAGGCCUUCCAGGCUACCGCGGCGCGACAGGCGUCUAGCAAGAAGAAGAAGUCCAAAGCAUCGGAUUGAUUGAUUGAUUGAUUCGGUCCUGGGAUAGGAUGGGUCUGAUUGUGCGCUAUUUUCUGGGGUUGGGCGUUUUGGUCAUCCUUUUUCCGGCAGCAUACAGGGAGUGAAUUGGCAAGCAGCAUGGGGAUAUCCGAUGGUUGAUUUUGAUUUUUGAUUUUAUGUUUCUGCCUUGUAUUAAAUAUCCCCGGACUUAGUCUGUAGACAGACAUGGCGUACAUUGCAUUGCAUACAUGCGAUCUGACCGCCGAAAUGAAGAAGAACCUGCUUUGGU